GCUUACUUUGUGACUGUACUGCUAUUAUAAUUCCUUUCCUAUCUGCUUAACUAGAUCCUUUGCGUUAAUACCUUAUGACUCAGCCGGCGAACAGCCUGUCUUGAAAGUUCGAGAGAGCGGGGGAGCGCGAAUAGGUUAGCGUGAGCAAUCUAUAUAAGCUAGUCUCCAACCAUUAACUUCAAUCAGUCCAUGUUUUUCGCUGGUGCCAUUUUUGGCUUCGCAACUAUUCUUGCGUUUUCUCAACACUUCCCAACUUCGUCAACCUCCUAGUCACUAAGGAUCAUGACGCCCCCACCGCUUACCGGGCCUCUAUGCACCAGGCCUUCUCUGACCAGUGACCUUCAAAAUCUCGGCUUAAAACCAGGGGACACAGUUCUUGUGCACUGCUCUCUAAAGAGCAUAGGAUGGAUUAAUGGCGGAGCUGAGGCUCUAAUUCAAGCCCUUUUCGAUAUACUUACACUCGAUGGAACUCUCGCUGUGCCAACACACACCAGCAGCAACUCGGAUCCGUCGAAUUGGGUUAAUCCACCUGUCCCUGAGGAAUGGUGGCAGACCAUUCGUGAAACCAGACCUGCGUUCGACCCCAAAACAACACGAAGUGAGAACAUGGGUGUAUUGGCUGAGACAGUGAGAAUCUGGCCAGGUGCAGUGAGAAGUAUGCACCCUCACACUUCGUUUGCUGCAAUCGGCGCAAAGGCCAAUUUCAUCACAGACGGGCAUGACCUGGAUAGUAUGCUUGGAGAAAAGAGUCCCCUGGCUCGAUUGGAAGAGCUAAACGCAAAGGUUCUACUCAUUGGCGUUGGGUUCAAUCGCUGUAAUUGCCUUCAUCUUGCAGAGUACAGAGUUAACGCACCGAAGGCUGAUAUCUCAUUCGCCAUUUCGGUUGGUGGGGUUAGAGAAUGGGCGACAGUAUCAGAUGUCAGUGUUAACGAGGAAGACUUUUUGGAACUGGGGAAGGAUUUUGCUGAGCAAAACGGUGUGACGAAGGGUCGGAUUGGUGCGGCAGAAUGCCACCUGUUCUCCUUACCCCAGGCAGUAAAGUUCGCUGAGCAGUGGUUUCUGUCGCACCGAACACCGACUUCAUGAACUAUUGCUCACGAGCGGAAGUUCAAUAGGAAAGGUUAUAACCGAGCACUGGAAUGCCUGAGUCGAGUCACCAUUCGAGAUUUGCUUGAUCUAGAAGUAGAAAGCAGCCUUGAGCAUGCCAAGAUUCAUAUAGGAAUUGAACCUUG